ACACUGAGCUUUUCAUCCAAAGCAUAAUUUCCUCUACUUGAGAAAAAUGGCUCCCUUCAAGACUUUAUUUCUUCUCAGCUUUCUCUUCGCUGUAGUUCUUGUAAUCUCUUCCAGAGCUUCGGCAGAUAAUGAGCCCGGAGUUGCCCAAACUCAGGGUGGGGAGCAAGUGGACCGCCAUGGAGGAGGCGGAUGGCACGGCGGAGGGCAUCACUGCCACUAUCCGCACUGCAAAGAGGGUGUCCACGGGGAUGAGACUCAUCAAGCCGAGACAGAGACUGAGACUAAAUCUGGAGAAACUGUGAGUACUAAUACAAAUGAAAAUGGAGAUGGACACAAACCGUACAAGCCCUACAAACCCAAACCAAAGCACUGCAAACAUUGGCCACACUGUCGUUAAUUUCCGACUUAAGUACGGAUAUUAUGUCGAAUAUUGUAAAAGCAACUUUCUUCUUUAGCUUUAUAUAUGUUGCGUGCUUUCAAGUCAAUAAGGCAUCUACUGCAAGUUUGUGCAAAUUAGUGUUUGAUAUACUGGAGUCUCAAUACUGUAUGUCUUGUCUUUCACUUAAUGCGAACGGUUUAAUCCAAUAAAAAGUUGUUUUUCAUUUUUGAUAA